AACUCGCAAGGCUUAGCUCCAGCGCUCGCUCCGCCACCGCGAGCACCGGGAGGGACGGGAGCCGGCCGCACGGCCCCGUGCUGGGUAGGGUCGCAGCCGCCAUGGACAGUGACGACGAGGUGGUGGAGGAAGCCGUGGAAGGGCACCUGGACGAUGACGGGCUACCACACGGGUUCUGCACCGUCAUCUACUCCUCCACGGACAGAUUUGAGGGCAACUUUGUGCAUGGAGAAAAGAACGGACGUGGGAAAUUCUUCUUCUUUGACGGCAGCACCCUGGAGGGCUAUUAUGUGGACGAUGCCCUGCAGGGCCAGGGCGUUUACACCUAUGAGGAUGGAGGCGUUCUCCAAGGCACCUAUGUGGAUGGGGAGCUGAAUGGACCAGCCCAGGAGUACGACACGGACGGGAGGCUGAUCUUCAAGGGACAGUACAAAGACAACAAUCGACACGGAGUGUGUUGGAUCCAUUACCCAGAUGGAGGCAGCCUCGUCGGGGAAGUCAAUGAAGAUGGGGAGAUGACAGGAGAGAAGAUAGCCUAUGUGUACCCUGACCAGAGGACUGCGCUCUACGGGAAGUUCAUUGAUGGAGAGAUGCUUGAAGGGAAACUCGCCACCCUCAUGGCCACCGAAGAAGGGAGGCCACACUUUGAAGUGACGGCGGGAAGUUCCGUGUACCACUUCGAUAAAUCGACUUCCUCCUGCAUCUCUAGUGACGCCCUCCUUCCAGACCCUUAUGAGUCCGAGAGGGUUUAUGUCGCCGACUCUCUCAUCUCCAGUGCUGGAGAAGGACUGUUUUCCAAGGUAGCAGUGGGACCCAAUACUGUUAUGUCGUUUUAUAACGGAGUCCGAAUUACACACCAAGAGGUUGACAGCAGGGAUUGGGCCCUCAACGGGAACACUCUCUCCCUGGACGAGGAAACAGUCAUUGAUGUGCCUGAACCCUAUAACCACGUGUCCAAGUACUGUGCCUCCUUGGGACACAAGGCGAAUCACUCCUUUACUCCUAACUGCAUCUAUGACCUGUUUGUCCACCCCCGCUUUGGUCCCAUCAAGUGCAUCCGCACCCUGCGAGCUGUGGAGGCCGAGGAAGAGCUGACCGUCGCCUACGGCUAUGACCACAGCCCCCCGGGGAAGAGCGGCCCGGAAGCCCCUGAGUGGUAUCAGGUGGAGCUGAAGGCCUUCCAGGCCACCCAACAAAAGUGAAAGGCUUGGCCCUGGGUUCCAGAGACCUGGGAUGGAAACUUGGAUCUAUGCACUACAUUUAUCUGACAACGGGACAACCAGGGAUGGUUGGUGCCGUGACAUUACAUCCUCUCACCCUGCGUUAGCAACGACUCUCUCGCAUACUAACUAGGUUUGACUGUAUGACUCAUACCAGAUUUAAAAUUAGCUAGCCUUGCAACAAUGCCCUACUGAGAGGUACUGUCGAACUGCAGACAGCAUGAUGUUCUUUGAUGGUGAAAGUCUAAAUCUGGACUGUGUUCAGAGAUACCAAAUGAUUAGGCUGAAAAGGGAAAUGGGGUUCUUCAGUCACUUUUCUUUCUUUUUUUUCUUUUUUCUUUUUCCUUUUUCUUUCUUUCUUUUUUUUUUUUUUUGGUCAAUGUUUUUUUUUUUUCCAUGACCUUUUUCUCUGGCCAGUGCAAAUGGUGUUCAGUCACCCUUGCAUGUUGCCAACUGCAGGGCAGGAAGCAAUUACAUCUUUAUAUACAUGUAGGGUCAGCUGCCUUUUAACCUUUGAUCUGUAUCUCUUGCAAUAGAAUGGCUUUGUUUUUAACUCUCUUAGUGAACUGAAGCCCAGUCUUUUGAAUGAUUCUUUAGCUUCACUAUAUUAGCUAUAUUCUACAAGAGAAAUCCAACCAGAUUUUGCAUUCGUAGCAACGUACAGGUCUCUCUGGUUCUUUCUCUACCAUUUCAUUCUUAUGUUCUGAUAUAAAGUCCUGGCUCGUAGGGCCAGACUGUUAUUAUAGACUUACUAUUCUCGCAUGUAAACAAAGAUAUCUUUGCUUUCAGAUGUGAGAAGAGGAAAUGAAUUUACCUUGUUUGCAUUAAGUUAUGAAAGAGUUGUAAGAUAUACUUUCAGGAAGAAAAGAGGAAAAUUAGUAUUUCUAAGCAGUUGUUAUGGCAAUUUUGCAGUAUCUUCAGUAGCAUUGGUAAUUUUUUUUUUCUUCUUGGGUACACAUUAAUUGUACAGAACCCAGUGGAGUCUGGCUUGUGACACAGCUCAUUGAAUUCAAACACAAUAGCCAAUGUGCAUUCCAAGGCAGAAUGCAGAAUUCUCUCUGAAAUCAGUGUCAUGAAGGCAGACGCGCUGAUCACUGGGUACAAAUCAGAUCUUUAGCUAAAGCUGCUUUCUCGUCACAGCGAUUUCAAAGCACUUAGCUGCUUCCAGAGCUAGGAGCCAAGCGCUCACACCUGUGCAGUUAAUCCCAUUAGCAUUUCAGCCUCCUCAAGCCAUACAUAAUCACAACUGCAGAAAUACAGAGAAAACCCCAUUAUUUUAGUUUAGCACAUUAGAUCUGUAACCUAACUGGAUUGCUCUGAAUGAAUGCCAAGUUUGGGGGGACACCUCCCCAAGGCAUAGCUCCAUCACCAAGAAGGCCUGGGAACAGCAGUUGCUAAGGCCUGCAGCUGUCAGCAGUGCUACCUGUGGCCUGUGUUCGGUUAGGCUUAAAAGCUAAGGCUUUCCAAGCUGCAAUAGAUCCUUGAGGGAUCUGGGAAAGGGGAGAGAUGCUUGGGACAGGGCGGAAAUGGAGGAGGAGACACUUGACAUUCCCUUGUCAGCUGCACCGAGUUCUUCACGAGGCCUCUAUCUGGGGCUGUGAUGCAGCUUGUCCAUCAAACAGCCCCAGAUGGAGAACUCAGCCGCCGCCCCCCACCCUCCGUUCUGAUAACCACACCUGGGCUCCUUCCCAAGCUCCCUAACAUCCCUUCCGUCAGGCCCUGCACCAGGGGACCAGGCUUUCCAGGAGAGCUAGUCAUGGCCCUGUUUGAAAGCUUAAGGAGAUAGUUCCCUUGGGAGAAACAUUUCCAGGGCUUGUGAGGAGUCUCCUGUAAAGAGGGCUGAACAGUUUUUAGACCACAAGUCACAGCAGGAUAGGAUGGCUUCUCUUCUGUGGAAAGAGACCAUUCAGUAAACUGAGACAGAAGGCCGCGAGUCUGUGGAUACAGAUUCUGAGAGGAGCUUUUAUGUAAAUGUGUGCAAAGAGAGUUGGCUGCUUUGGGGAGAAAGAUGGCUGACCCCAGUCACUGGGUGAGGCACAAAGAGAGAGCAGGUGCCACCUCCAGUCGCCUGGGUUCACAGGAUUUCACACCUGGGCAUGGAACCUUAGCCUCGGUCACUGUGGGGGCUCAACCUCUAUCCUAAAGGGCUACUCUAGCAAUCUCGUCCAAAUGGAACUCAAAAACAAAUUCGGGGUGGGGGGCUUGAGGGUCAGCAAACUCGUUUAGCAGGUGAAGGUGCUUGUUGCCAAGCCUGUGGCCUGAGUUAAGCUGUAGGACCUAUAUAGUAGAAGGGGAGAGCCAACUCCUGAAAGCUAGCCUCUGACCACACCCAGUGUGGCAUGUGUGCACCCCGACACACACACACACACACGUGGAUGGGAACCGUUCCCCGUUCCAUAGUGGACGAAGGCGCACUGGACUUCAAACCCAGCAGUGUGUCUGUGACCCUUAGACCAAUCACAGGAAGCGGUCCCCACAGCUGAGCCUCCCUCCUCCCUAUGUGCUUCCGGUGCCUUUGAGCUCCUCCCGCUGUGUGAGAAGCCCAGGUGUAGGUGCAGAGUGGCAGCCCGGCUGAUUGCUCCACCUCUUUAUGUCUUAAGGUCCUCUUCUCUCUUGCUGGACUCUGUGCCGUUCCCUGACUGUGACCCCUUCCAGUCACCGCCCCCCCACCCUCUCCCUCAACCCUCAUCCCUCUCCCUCAUCCCUCUCCUUCCCUCACUUUCCCUCCCCUUCCCUCUCCCUCUCUUUCCAAAAUACCAAGCAUCAUCACAGGUUGCAACUGUUAGAGAGGCCAGACCGACACUCUGGGGUAGAGAAACGGACAGCGUAGGCACUGCAUAGAGAAUUGACUGCUGAGGGAGGCUGGCUUGUGCUUCUUGCUUGAGCCAAAAUGGAAAAGUCUCAGGACGAGCCUUCUACGUCACUUCCGCUGUAGAAGGCAACGGGAAGAGGGCAAGUGUGGUCUUCUCUCAGGGUCGUAACCGCAGGCAUGAUUGAGAUUUUAUGUGGUCGAGAAAGAAAGUAACUUUGUCUGCUGUCUUCCAAACCGCCGGAGCCUGUGCACUUGUCUGACGCCUUGGUCUCGCGGGGACUCAUUCAGAGCUAUCUCAGUCCAACCCUGCAUGACUUGAUCCAUCCUUAGCAUCUUUUUAUGAUGAACUAUUAUUACCUUGUGUUAGAGUUAGGAGUUAGGACUAGGAACUAAUCCACGGAGCAUGUCCCCCUACUGGGGCAUACAUAAGCUGGAACUAACAAAAGCAAACUUAAGAACUGAAGUAGGACACAAAAGGAAUGAUAUGGUUACAAAGUAACAGGCGAAGACUUGAGUUUCUUAUUUUAACCCUUUCAAUUCCUGAUCUCUCCAACAACUUAAGAGGAAUUUUUUUUUUUUUUUUUU